AUGGUGGAACAUCUGAAACUUGGCGAUAUUGUGGCUCUAGCGGCAUAUUUCAUUUUGGUCAUCGGCGUUGGGAUAUGGUCCGCCUGUAUGCCAACCAGACGGGGAGCCAUGGGCUACUUUCUGGCUGGGAAAAGUAUGAACUGGCUCACGGUGGGUGCUUCGCUGUUCGCAAGUAACGUGGGAGCGCCAAUGUUCAUUGGUUUAGCCGGAGCGGCUGCUGCAUCCGGGUACUCGGUGGUUGUGUAUGAAUGGCAUGCGAUAUAUUUACUGAUAGCCCUCGGGUGGCUUUUUGUACCAGUGUAUGUGGCGAGUGGGUCGUUCACGAUGCCGGAGUAUCUACACAGGAGGUUUGGGGGACGGCGACUGCGCAUCUACCUCUCCGUCCUCGCCCUGCUGCUCUACAUCCUGACACGUAUCUCGUCUGAGAUCUACACGGGGGCGUUGUUUAUACAGCUACUACUCGGAUGGAACAUGUACUACUGCGUCACCGGUAUACUGACAGUAACAGCCUUCUACACCGUCUUAGGAGGGCUGGCAGCAGUGAUCUAUACGGACACUCUACAAACUGUUGUGCUCCUGAUCGGAGCGACCGUGCUUGCAGCUACCAGCUUCACUAAAGUUGGUGGAUUUGAGGGCUUGCACGAGAAGUACCAGUUGGCAGCGGCAGAGUAUACGUUUUCCAAUACAUCCCUGUAUUCAUGUGGACUUCCCCGGAACGACUCAUUCCAAAUAUGGCGCGACCCUGUCACAGGAGAUAUCCCCUGGCCAGGGGCCCUGACAGGAUUGAGCAUCCUUGGACUGUGGGUGUGGUGCAGUGACCAGAUCAUCGUCCAGAGGUCGCUGUCAGCUAAGAAUAUGGACCACGCCAAGGGAGGUUCCCUGUUUGCUGCUGUCCUUAAAAUCGCCCCGUUCUUCUUGUGGAUCCUUCCUGGCAUGAUUAGCAGGGUGCUCUUCCCAGAUGAAGUUGCGUGUGCAUCCCCAGAAGCAUGUUACGCUGUGUGUCAGAACAGGGCUGGGUGCAGCAACAUUGCCUACCCUCUAUUGGUUCUCAGGAUACUGCCAGAAGGGUUGCGAGGACUGAUGCUGGCUGCGGCUCUGGCUGCCCAGAUGAGCACGUUGACGUCCAUCUUCAACAGCGCCAGCAGUAUGUUCACGAUAGACAUCUGGCCGUAUCUGAGGAAGAACCCGUCCAAUAAUGAACUAAUGCUGGUUGGACGUCUGACAGUGAUUGUCAUGACAGGGUUUGGGAUUCUCUGGUUACCCAUACUGCAACAGUCUCAGGGGGGACAACUCUGGGCUUACCUUCAAGCGACAGCCGCUUACACUGCACCUCCAUGGACCAUGGUGUUUCUACUGGGCAUGUUCUGGAAGAGAACAACAGAGCCGGGUGCCUUCUGGGGUCUGAUGGUUGGACUAGCGGUUGGUCUGCCUCGGCUGUGUCUGGAGUUCAUCUUCCCUGCGCCGCUCUGUGGAAGUGGGGAAGCAGACGAUAGACCUGCCAUCUUGAAAGAUGUCCACUUUCUGUACUUCGCCCUGAUUCUGGCGGCUGUGUCAUCCUUUGUCAUCGUCAUCGUCAGUCUCAAAACUGAGCCAAGAUCCCCGGAAAAGCUACGUCGUGUGACGUGGUGGACGAGACAUGAGGAGGACCCGGAGUUGUCGGAAGAUGAGGAAACGCCGGACACCGACGAAAGUACUGUAAUGAAGAUAGAAGAACCUGUUGAAACCGACGUCGAAGAGAAAAUGGCUUUUAAACCGGGGACAGAUGAGGAAUUUAGUCAAAGAGUCGCCAAGCGGAACAAUGGAUGCUGCAGAAAAGUCGUUAGCUGGUUAUGUGGGUUUCAACAAGUAUCCCAAACAAACAUGACCAAGGAGGAGAGACGAGCGCAACGGAAACUACUAACCAGUCUUGAUGAGACUGAUAACGCCAAGCAGCUGCUCAACGCGGGCGCCAUCUUGCUGGCGACACUGACGGCGUUUCUUCUCGGCUACUUCAACUCGCAAUGACACAUUCGUCACAGACCCUCCUUCAGAAACACGUAUUCCUCUUGAUCAUGAUAAAUAUCACACACAGGCUUGUGUACUGGCCGGGAUCGGGUGGUCAGGCUCACUGACUUGUUUGACACGUGUCAUCGGUUCCC